GCCGCUGCUGCAUGGUUUCUAUUCGACACAAAAACUAAGGCUUGACUCUUCUCCGGAUUUAAUAGGUCUGCCAGGGGUUUUCCCUCAAUGAAACGCCAUUACGAAAGACCAUAUCGAAACACUGCAAUAAUAUUUUGCCGAAGCUACGUUGUUUAAGUACCGAUUACAUGAAAGAGGUUUUACUGAAGACAUUUUGACCGAAAAAUUCACCAUCUCGACGCCGUCUCAAAAUCUUAAGGAGAUAAAUAAUGAUUCAAUCGUGGUUAUGAAGGAAGAUUUGCGCUACUCUGAUGGUUGUGAACAGGGUGGAUCAGUUUCUCACCUUGUACCAAUUGUUGGUCUUACCGUUACACCCUCAGGAGAGAAAUGUCCGGUAUUACUGGAAUUAUCGUUACCGUCGGUCAAAAAGCAGCUAAAACUGGACCGGCCACCCAGGGAAAAAUCUGAAUAUUCCUUGGCGACAUUGUCACUAGAAGCUUGGUGGAAGUUAGGAAUCAUUCACUUCUAUUGCCUAACUCUCUCUUUGGCGGUCUUCACCGGAUACUUCACCUUGGGGCUCCAAUCAAAUUAUUUGGGUCAUAUGGAGAACAUUACCGACUACAAGAUCGAGAUUGGCAAGUUAGGCGACUUUCAAUUGUUCUUGUCGUUGCUACAGUUAGGUCAUUCCUUUGGUAGUGUGUUUGCCAUCCUUAACUUGUACUUUUGCCACCGUUGGAUUAUUCUCGCUUCGUUGGUAUUGUUUCUUCUCCUGGUUGGGUUGGAGUUCUUAUCCUCUACCUACGGAACCACCUUGUACUGUGUGUGUCAGAUGGGCCAAGGGUUUGCAGCCGGGCUUAUGAAUAAAACCACGACGUUUUACAUUCAUGAUAUCUCUCCGGUUCGCUUUCGUAAGUUCUGUGUUUGCACCACGGCGGCCAGUGGAACCAUAGGAGUGAUCUUGGGAAAGAUCACAAGCUUUGCCUUAUUGGAGGAGUCUGAUUUGUUUUACAACGCAGAGAUGUUUCGAGUGUGUCUCUUGUACAAGUGUGUUACACCCGUGGUGCUUCUCUUGCUCUUGGGAAUUAUUCCUAAAUCCCCCUUUGUGGUUUACCGAGAAAAUGGCUACCACUUUGGUCCACAAUUUGACUUUUCUGUCAGGUGUCUCUAUCCACAAUAUACUCUCCAGGAGCGAUGUCAGGUGGUCAAUGAGAUCAUUCGGGAAACCCAGGUGCAGGUACACCUAGUCACGGGAAAUCUUUACAGUCCGGUUAUUACAAUUGACAACUUAGGAAUCCUCUCCCUAAUGACCGUCCUCUCAUCCAUCAUAAUGUGCCGCAUUUUUUGCUUUCGGAAUGCGGAUUUGUUCGGGAGCAUUGGUAUUGACGAAGAGUUUGGUUCCUUAAUCUUUUCUGUUGCGGUCCUCAUUGGGAACAUUGGAGGGAUCAUUAUCAGCGUUCUGAGUAAGCGAAGUAAGGAUGUCACACUUGGGGGUAUCCUUACGCUGGUGGUAUUUAUCAUAGUGGCAGGGGGUAUCGCCAAGUAUGACCAACAUUUAGAUAACCCUUGUUUGACCAAGAUGUAUACCUAUCUGCUCAUGGGUUUCUUGAUUGCCAUCAAUUCCACCUUUGCGAUCCAUGCCCAUGGUUUCUUUCCGAGUCACAACCGUAACAAUCGUAUCGUUGUUUCCAGCUGGUGCUCCGGUGUGAGCUGGUUUGUAACCUUUCUCAUGUCAGUGUUCUUUAAGAUUGUUUCAUCGUUCAUUGGGAUAUACUCUGUUUGGAUCAUCCUUAUCUGCUUAGUGGCUUCGUUGUUGUUGAUCUGCUGUUAUGGAGAAACGAUUGAGAACUCGAAAAGUCCAGAGGGGGGAAGAUUAAUAUUGGAGGUUUCCGAGCGCAUAGUUAGCUGGGUGAAACGAACAGCUACCUAUUCCAAACGAGCCAUAUAGAAGGAUUAUUAACGUUGGUAAUGGUACUAUACAAAUACAUAUAUGCAUUGUUGAGUAAAUAUAUUGCUAGAAAAUUCAAAUUAGUUAUAUAUACACAAAUAUUUAUGAACAU